AUGGAGAACCCUAAGAAGUAUGUGCCUGGUCCAAAUGACCCGUUGCUUCCACCACAACUUUCAGAGUUUCGGAACAAGACUACUGAUGAAGUCUUGGAGGAGUUGAACAAGAUGCCCUUCUUUAUGAAUAAGUUGGACCCAGAUGAGAAUAAUGUAGAAUUGGAGGCUUUAAAGGCCAUGGCCUAUGAAGGUGAGCCGGAUGAAAUUGCAACGAACUUUAAAAACCAAGGUAACGAUCUAUUCAAAGCCAAAAGAUACAAGGAUGCGAGGGCGAUGUACUUGAAGGGGUUAGAAAUCAAGUGCGAUGUUCCUUCUAUCAAUGAAUCUCUAUAUUUGAACCUAGCUGCGUGCGAACUCGAAAUCAAAAAUUACAGAAGUUGUGUUAAUUAUUGUAGAGAAGCAUUGAAGUUAGAUGCAAAGAAUAUCAAGGCUUUCUUUAGAAUAGGGAGGGCAUAUUUGGAAAUUGGAAAGUUGAAGGAGUCCUUAGAAGCGGUCGAAGUUGGUCUUGCGAUUGAUCCUGAAAAUGUGGCUUUAAACUCUAUACGUAAAAGAAUAAAUGAAAAAUUACAGCGUCAAAGAGAAGCUGAAGAGCGCACGCUAGCGCAGAAACAAAAAGAAAAGGAACUUCAAGAAUUCCUGGAUCUAGCAAUUAAGAUCAGAAACAUUUCUUUGAUAGACACCAAACAACCGGCUGAGCUUUUACAAGAUGCAAAACUACAAUUGGAAAAUCCAGUUGAUUUCGAAUCGCAGUUGGUCUUCCCAGCUAUGGUUCUAUAUCCAACUACUGAUGAGUUCGAUUUCAUUGCUUCUGUAUCAGAACUUUCAACUCCAAAUGAUCUUCUGGACCUUGUCCUUGACAGGCCGGCAGAGUGGUUCGCUCAACCUGGACACAAAGAUUUCUCAAGCAAUAAACUCCAAGCUUAUAUGGAAACUUUGUCUGGGGGCUUAAUCAAAGUUGGUAAGAAAGUAACCUUUCACGAUGUUCUUAAGAUGGAAAAACCUGUCGUGCCUCUCUUUGAUAAAGCUUUAAGGAUAUAUUUCGUGCCAAAAUCUGAAGCCCAAGAUUGGCUAAGCAAGUGGGAUAAAAAUGCAGCAGUAAUGAAGAGAUUAUAA